UCCUACUUCUGUAAUCAUCCAACUGCCCCGCCUUCCUAAUAAUGAAUGACUCGGGACGUCUACAGAUGGCGAUGGAGUCCGUCCCUCCACACAAUGUGACACACAUUGAAGCUCCUGAAUACGCCGUAGAGUCCUGCGACCAAUGUUCUUCAGCAGGAACUCCACUUGCCCUGGAUGACCACCACCUGGCGGGAGUGGGGGACAGCACCCAGCUGUUCGGGGUGCAAGUGGUCCUCAUCCUCGCCUACAUCACCAUCAUAGUGUUCGGAGUGGUGGGCAACGCGCUGGUGAUAUACGUGGUCUUCAAGUUCAAAACGUUACGGACCGUCACCAACUUCUUCAUCGUCAACCUGGCCGUGUCCGACUUGUUCAUGAACACCCUGUGCCUCCCUUUCACACUCGUGCACACCCUCUACGGCGAGUGGAAGUUCGGCCGCGUGCUGUGCUUCGUGCUGCCGUGCGCGCAGGCCAUGGCUGUGCACGUGUCCACCAUCACCUUCAACAUCAUCGCCCUCGACCGCCACAGGAGCAUCGUGUACCACCUGGAGACCAAGAUGUCCAAGGACAUGUGCGCCCUGGUUAUCGUCGCCACGUGGGCCGUCAGCGCCCUGCUCGCCAGCCCGCUCGCCGUCUUCCGGGAGUACGGCACGUUGGACCUCUCGCCCGGCGCGAGCAUCGAGGUGUGCGCCGAGCAGUGGCCCGGGAGCAGCAUGGACGGAACGAUGUACAGCAUCUGCAUGCUGCUGGUUCAGUACGGGCUCCCCCUGGCGGUCAACUCCUUCGCCUACCUGCGCAUCUGGAGCAUGUUGAAGAAGCACAGCAGCGGCCCAGGAGGUUGCAGCGACCGCCACAGACGGCGGAGGAAGACAACGAAGAUGCUGGUGACCGUGGUGGUGGUGUUCGCCGUGACUUGGUUGCCGUUCCACGCGGUCCAGUUGGCCAUUGACAUCGACAGCAGUGUUCUGGAUCUGAAAGACUUCAAACUGCUUUUCACUGUGUUUCAUAUCGUGGCCAUGUGCUCCACCUGUGUCAACCCGAUCCUGUACGGGUGGAUGAACAACAGCUACCGCAACGCUUUCCGCAGGGUGUGUAAAUGUGACUUUAACUACAGCAGGUCAAGUACUGUCACGAGCAGGCCCAUUCGAAGAGAAGUCGCCGUUUGCUCCGAUUUCAAAGCUACAAAUGUGUGAAGUUACCUGCCUACAUUUUCAGUCAGUGGAAAAGGCUAAAUAUAAGUGUCACAGUAGGCAGAGAGGGCAAAAUUGGUGCCAAUUCACGUUUGGCCUUGCAACACUGUCUCAGAGUUGUCUCUGUAGCAGGGCAGACCAACUCGCAACGGGAUACAAUGGGUGGUCUCAGGAAAGUUAAACGCGACUCUGAAACUUUAAGGCCGGGUACCACUGUGUAACCAAAAAGGUUUGGUCCGGCAAGUUUCAGGCCUAAUCCCAAUUUUAUUUUUACACCACUUGCUUUAAACUUGCCCUUUGGAACAGAGUCACGAGUGGGUAGUGCUUGAAAUCUUCCCCUGUGAAAAGGUAGCCUGGGAAGCAGGCGAAUGUGGUGAGCUGAUGUUUAAUUUGCUCUACAAUUAAAAAGAUUACCGCCAGUUUUGAGAUAGACCGGCCAAUCUCAACCUUGUAUCUAAUAUGAGGCUGAAUAAAUUAGAUGAAGGUGCAAAGGAGCAACAACAACAAAGAUGGCUGCUGCUGAUGUAGAGCAGUCUGUUGAUUCCGCUGUCGAGACGGUAUUAAACAAACCGGAUGGUAUGUUUUCACUUAAACAAGAACAAACGAGUGCACCUAAAGCUUUUGUUAAGAAGAAAGAUGUCACUGAUGUUUUUUCAUCGCUCAGUGCUGCGUUGACCGUUUGGGGUCGAUGAUUGGUUGUAGGCCUAUCCAAUUGCGUCCAGAGGCAUUUUGGUCUGGCCCGUUGGUCAAAGUGUGAAUAAACAGAGAGGUUAGCCGGGCAACACCAGGCUAGUGAAAUAGGACAACCCUUUAAGAGCCUGCUACGUCAGCAGUAGACACUAGUGGCGUUUACAUAGACAUGGGACAAGUUUGUUUCAGGGCAUUUUGAAUCUCACAAUGCCGUCUUCAGAAGGGGUGGUUUCUGUUGCGUGGGCUGUAGGCAUCCUUUCGCGGUUCUCAACAGCAAAUCAUCAAAUUGCCUACUAUGGAAAUAGUGGUAUUAUCAUGCGAAUCGUUCAUAACUCAUGUGUUUCACGCUAUCAAUCUAUCACACAUAAUAACAUCAUAAAGUCAUAAAAUACUAAAGAACACGCAUCAUUCACCAGGCCACUUGGAGUGUGCGUCGGAGAAACCU